AAAAGCCGAGCUGCAAGGAGGAGAGCGUCAUAAUUAAGGCGUCGUCCGUAGUCGCAGCAGCGGUAGCUACAGCAGUUUCGACUCUUCUCUGCAUCCGGAACAGGUCAAAAUGCAGAUUUUUGUGAAGACCCUGACGGGCAAGACCAUCACCCUGGAGGUAGAGCCCAGUGACACAAUUGAGAACGUGAAGGCCAAAAUCCAGGACAAGGAAGGCAUCCCUCCUGACCAGCAGAGGCUGAUCUUUGCCGGCAAGCAGCUUGAAGAUGGUCGCACACUCUCCGACUACAACAUCCAGAAGGAGUCCACUCUGCACCUUGUCCUGCGCCUGAGGGGUGGCAUGCAGAUCUUCGUGAAGACCCUGACGGGCAAGACCAUCACCCUGGAGGUAGAGCCCAGUGACACAAUUGAGAAUGUGAAGGCCAAAAUCCAGGACAAAGAGGGCAUCCCCCCUGACCAGCAGAGGCUGAUCUUUGCCGGCAAGCAGCUUGAAGAUGGCCGCACACUCUCUGACUACAACAUCCAGAAGGAGUCCACUCUGCACCUUGUCCUGCGCCUGAGGGGUGGCAUGCAGAUCUUCGUGAAGACCCUGACGGGCAAGACCAUCACCCUGGAGGUAGAGCCCAGUGACACAAUUGAGAACGUGAAGGCCAAAAUCCAGGACAAGGAGGGCAUCCCUCCCGACCAGCAGAGGCUGAUCUUUGCCGGCAAGCAGCUUGAAGAUGGCCGCACACUCUCCGACUACAACAUCCAGAAGGAGUCCACUCUGCACCUUGUCCUGCGCCUGAGGGGUGGCAUGCAGAUCUUCGUGAAGACACUGACUGGCAAGACCAUCACCCUGGAGGUAGAGCCCAGUGACACAAUUGAGAACGUGAAAGCCAAAAUCCAGGACAAGGAGGGCAUCCCUCCCGACCAGCAGAGGCUGAUCUUUGCCGGCAAGCAGCUUGAAGAUGGCCGCACACUCUCCGACUACAACAUUCAGAAGGAGUCCACUCUGCACCUUGUCCUGCGCCUGAGGGGUGGCAUGCAGAUCUUCGUGAAGACCCUGACGGGCAAGACCAUCACCCUGGAGGUAGAGCCCAGUGACACAAUUGAGAAUGUGAAGGCCAAAAUCCAGGACAAGGAGGGCAUCCCUCCCGACCAGCAGAGGCUGAUCUUUGCCGGCAAGCAGCUUGAAGAUGGCCGCACACUCUCCGACUACAACAUCCAGAAGGAGUCCACUCUGCACCUUGUCCUGCGCCUGAGGGGUGGCAUGCAGAUCUUCGUGAAGACCCUGACGGGCAAGACCAUCACCCUGGAGGUAGAGCCCAGUGACACAAUUGAGAAUGUGAAGGCCAAAAUCCAGGACAAAGAGGGCAUCCCCCCCGACCAGCAGAGGCUGAUCUUUGCCGGCAAGCAGCUUGAAGAUGGCCGCACACUCUCCGACUACAACAUCCAGAAGGAGUCCACUCUGCACCUUGUCCUGCGCCUGAGGGGUGGCAUGCAGAUCUUUGUGAAGACACUGACUGGCAAGACCAUCACCCUGGAGGUAGAGCCCAGUGACACAAUUGAGAACGUGAAGGCUAAAAUCCAGGACAAGGAGGGCAUCCCUCCCGACCAGCAGAGGCUGAUCUUUGCCGGCAAGCAGCUUGAAGAUGGCCGCACACUCUCCGACUACAACAUUCAGAAGGAGUCCACUCUGCACCUUGUCCUGCGCCUGAGGGGUGGCAUGCAGAUCUUCGUGAAGACACUGACUGGCAAGACCAUCACCCUGGAGGUAGAGCCCAGUGACACAAUUGAGAACGUGAAGGCUAAAAUCCAGGACAAGGAGGGCAUCCCUCCCGACCAGCAGAGGCUGAUCUUUGCCGGCAAGCAGCUUGAAGAUGGCCGCACACUCUCCGACUACAACAUUCAGAAGGAGUCCACUCUGCACCUUGUCCUGCGCCUGAGGGGUGGCAUGCAGAUCUUCGUGAAGACACUGACUGGCAAGACCAUCACCCUGGAGGUAGAGCCCAGUGACACAAUUGAGAAUGUGAAGGCCAAAAUCCAGGACAAGGAGGGCAUCCCCCCUGACCAGCAGAGGCUGAUCUUUGCCGGCAAGCAGCUUGAAGAUGGCCGCACACUCUCCGACUACAACAUCCAGAAGGAGUCCACUCUGCACCUUGUCCUGCGCCUGAGGGGUGGCUGUUGAUUGUUGACUUUGCUUUUACAAUUGCCACAUUUUGCACUGUGCCUGUAGUAAACGUUUUGAAGUUGCAAAAGUGAAAACAGGUCAAUUUUACACCCUAAUAAAGGUUUUUGUUGCACAUUAAA